AUGUGCUCGGAUGCUAGGCCGGCCCCCAACGACGCAAACUCACCCAAGGCAAAGCCCUUGACUUUGAUCAAGGCAAUAAAAGCCAAUGAUUUGGGAUCCUUGGAUGAGUCUUUACAGUCUCCAGAUUGCAAUUUGGAGGUCCUUGGAAUGUGGGACAACACCCCGCUCCUCGUAGCCUGCAUGUAUGGCCGUUCUGAAGCUGCCUUGCGGCUCAUUAAGCGUGGUGCCAACAUUUUUGCCAGGAACGAACAUGGUGCAACCCCGCUUCACUAUGCCGCGGUGGAGGGCAGCACUGACGUUGUCAAAUCGUUGAUUCAGGCGGCUGCUGAAGGUGGCGGCGGCAAUGAGAACAAGCUCGUCAAUUGCAUGCCCGCAAAGGUGGCAAUUCUUCCAGACGUGUUGCAAGAGCGUCCCUUGGCUGCUGCUGCCGAGAGUGGCUUUCUGGAGCUGGUGCGCAUUCUGCUGGAUGCUGGAGCGCUUGAUGAUCCGGAUGAGGACCUGCGAAGCCCAUUAUGGCUGGCGGCCCGCUCCAGCCGAGCUGGAGCUGGAGUGGUAAAGUUGCUUCUUCAGCACGGAGCUGAUCCCUCCAGACGGGACAAGGAAGGAGUCUCUGCCCUGGGCGCAGCAUCUGCGGGUGGCUGCAACGAGGAUGUGGUCAUGGCUCUCCUUGCCCAUGGUAUCGAUGUCAAUGCCACAGCUGGCUCCCCGUGGGAUGCCCUGACUUCUAGUUCAGAGCGAUUGGCUCAUGAAAACGGGCUCACGCAUGGCGCAACCGUCAACGGCACUGCCGAAGGCGGUGCUACAGCACUCCAUGCAGCAUGUGAGCGUGGCAACGAGUAUCUCGUGCACCUGCUUGUGCGUUCUCGCGCAGAUCCUUCGUUGAACGACCGAUCCGGCUUGACUGCUUUUGACCUCCUACGGCGACGUGGACUUUCCGAUGGAAAAAUUGUCGCAAUGCUCAGUCCGCCAGCUGCAAGCGGCCUUGACGAUGGUGGAACAGGCAGUAUGGCCAGCAUGGUCCGCGCAACCGAUGCCUAA